UGCCUAGUGCCUUGGUGGGCAACCGUAAAUCCUGUUUCUUUUGGGAAUAGAAAGUAGUAGUCAUCAAGGGUUUCUCUGGCCUCAACAACGUUCCAGAUUCUCAAAAAUGGAACAAGUUACAGAAUCAAUUAACAAUCUUAACAUCACAGAUUCAUCCAACAACAUUAAGAAAAACCGUAUUCAGGUCUCCAACACUAAAAAGCCCCUCUUUUUCUACGUUAAUCUUGCUAAGAGGUACAUGCAACAACACGAUGAAGUUGAGCUCUCGGGUCUUGGAAUGGCGAUUGCAACUGUCGUGACAAUUGCUGAGAUUUUGAAGAACAAUGGUUUUGCUGUUGAGAAAAAAAUAACAACUUCUACUGUUGACAUCAAUGAAUCUGGGGGGCGACCGGUCCAGAAAGCUAAGAUUGCGAUUGUCCUGGGUAAGUCAGCAGAAUUUGACGAGUUGAUGGCUGCAGCUGCCGAAGAGGCUGUAGAAGGGGAGGAGCAGCAGGCAUAGGGUUUUUAUUUUGGCUAUGUGUCACUAUUUUUGUGUUUGUCUCUUAAUUUAUAAGGGGUUGUCCUGGAUUUUAUGGACUAAAUUUUACUAACUUAUUUAGCUGCAAGGCUUUACCUAUCAAUUUUGUAACAAAUCUUAAUGCUGAUUUCUUACAUUGCACUUGUGACUCA